UAUCGGCCGAGUAACAUUGCUACUACCCCAGUGACAUUUCCCGCGUUCCACAACUACACGCAGAUCAAACAUGACUUGGAACACAAUUUUUGCUCUGGCAAUUUACGGCCUCACAGCGGUCUGUAUGUUGCCUGCAUCUUCCGCUCAGGAUCUCUCGCAAUACGACAGUGCUUCAGCAGUGUCCGAUAGUCAAGGAGGUUGGGAUGCCCUCGGCGGACUAUAUGCGUUGCUCGCUCAACACGAUGCCUUAGGCGGCCACGCACUUGCGCGCAAAUCUGUGCGCUCGCCUUCCCGCCGCCUGCGCUUCGGACGCCGCUCGGACCCUGACAUGCCCCCUCAAGCGCCCCUUGAUGAAAUGGACGAACUUCUGUCCCUGCGCGACGUGCGUACGCCUGUACGUCUCCGCUUCGGACGCCGAUCCGACGAGCGUGCCGUGCCUCACAUCUUCCCUCAGGAGGAGCAAGACCGGGCCGUGCGAGCUCCCUCGAUGCGUCUCCGCUUCGGACGUCGCUCCGAUAAUAAUAUGUUCUUGUUGCCUUACGAGUCGGCACUACCUAAAGAGGUGAAGGCGGGCAGCUCAGAAGACGACAGACAACAGAACUAAACUUCGAACACUAACGCAUGCACUAGGUAAAUUAAUAUUUCUCCGCUCCAUAUAACUAAUAUUCAGCAAGUCUAAAUUUAAUGAUGACUGCUUACUAUCUUUUAAGUGUCAAAUUUUAAAUAUCAACAUUAGAUGUUAUUUAAUUUAAACGAUUAUAAGCUAUGUGUACAUAAUCAGAU